AGAAAGUCUUAGAUCACACUGAAUGUCUAAAACUCUUAAUGCUGAACGUAAAAGGAGAAGAUUCGAGGUGGAAUGGGAAGGCGUCCAUGAUGAUUUGCGAACACGUGUGCUUAUGUCGGAGAAUUAUACAACUGCCCGUUACCGUAUGCUACUGAUAUCAGCGAUAAGAAAGGAUAUCAGUGAUGAGUUUAAACAGCUUCUCGAACUGCAAAUGAAGAUAAAAUUUGGCGAACAUGACGAUGCUAUAAAUUAUCUCAAUGAAGUAAUGCGUGACAAUCGCGAUUUUAUCUAUAAAGUAAUUGAAAUGGUUGCUGAUGAUUAUACGCAGAGGGGAAUCGAAAACAUGGAAGGAUUCGGAUGUUUCUUCCAACAUUAUGAGCUUGAUCAAGGAGUUGCGCUGUUCAAGAAGGCUGCUGAUGCCAAUCCGGCAAAAGCUUGUCCGAUGUUGCUUGCUUUCCUGGCCAUGCGUCCCCAAGCUUUCAAUGCUAUCUCGGGGUUUCUAAUGGAGACUUUACGCAAAUCAACUGAGCCUCCUCAUGGACUGGUAGCAUUUGGCAAUUCGCUACUAACCAUGAACUUCGGAAAUUUGAUGCCGGACGAUAUUCUUUUUGUAUACGAUUCGAUUCUGCGCUCUGCGUUCCGGGACUCUUUCAGCAACGUGACUGGAGAUAACAAAGAUAGUAGAAGGAAAUGCGAUCGUAAUGCGAACAAAUUCAUCAGCCUCACAUAUCCAUUCUUUGCAGCUGUAACGGCCAAACUAGGACUUCCCAUAUUCGGAGCAAAAAUCGAACGGUCAGGGGUACUUCUGGAGAAAUUGGUAGCAAGUCUACCAGAAAAAUGGUCGCCACCGGUCACACGCGUGGUUGCGUAUGCAUUGUGUAUAGCUCGGCUUAAAAUGCCAUCGCUUAUUCAUAAUUCCUUCCUCACCUUAUGGCUGCCAUCAUUCAAACUUACCCGGCAAAAAGAUGUGAAGUUGGAUUUCGAGCAUAAUAAAAAUUUCAUGGGUCAUGGAGUCCUGCUCAAUAUUGCCACAUUAUGUGCCAAGCUGGCACCAACAUCUCCAGAGUUUCAGCAAUGCCUUGAGAUUGCAGGAGAAGUCGAGACAUCCCACCUGAUAUCGCUUGCUUAUCUCUAUACACGGCAGUAUGAGAAAUGCAUAGAUUUUAUAGCAGCGAGACCCACCAAGAACAUCGAGAAUAAGCCACAGCUUCUUGCUACAAAAAUUGCUGCACAAUUCCAGCUUCGCAAAAUUAAGGACAUGCUUCAGACUAUCUCGGAAAUCGUCCCUGUAAUUAUAAAAAAUGAGUGGUACUCUAUGGAUCCAACGAUUACCGACGCUGGAGCCACUAUGGAGGCUCCGUUUUGGUUUAUUCGCAAUUCGGCUGCUGGUCAUUGGGUGACAAAUUUAUUGCUGCUAUCGCUUCGACCCCUACUCAAUGGUACAAGCAGUGAUAAGCUGAUAUCUGCAAUAAUGGUGUUAUCUCAAGCGGAUUUUGCUGUCAGCGGUUUCGCAGCUUUCAAUGAAGCCAUGGACAUUGCAGAGGCAAAGGAAUCUUUCAAUUGUGCUGGCAUUUUUGACUUUAUAUCGGAUCCAGUUGUUAUGGAUCGAUUAGCGAGUUUGGCCUCAGAUCGUCCUCAGUGUUUUUCUAUGGGAGAAAAAGACAACGAAUCUGAACUCCAGAAUGCAAUAGAAUCGCGCAUUACGAAUCUAGACGAAGGUGACAAAAUCAGAUCUUGCCUACAGUUCUUAAUGAAAGCUGGUUACGAUAUGCUGUGUUCUUGAUAAAUAUUCAAAAUGCU